AUGGAAUGCGACGUCCCCGAGAGAUGGGUUGUGACCAGGCGUCCCUUGCUGCCCAGCCCCAGUCAGCCGGCUUCUGCCCGGACUCCAGCUGAGCAGGUUGCGAGGUUUGGAGUGCUGAGUGAGGCCUUGGUGCUGGUGCCGUGCUUGCGUGACACCGGCUGCUGCAGCGCCUGUGAGAGGGAGCAGUUUGUCCUCCUCAGCUCCCCCAGCCCACCGCAGUGGAUCGAGAGCAUGGCCACGGAGCUGGAGAAGCGCUGCCCCAUCUGCCUGGGCAGCUACGAUGACUACAGGGAGCACGUCAUCACACCAUCUGUGCCACCAUCAGGCGUUUUCGGCGAGGCACACCCAGAUCCCAGCGACCCAGCUGACAAUGACCUCCACGACGACUGGUGGGCUGCAGAAGAGGUGCCCAGCAAUCCUGUCAGCCUCCUCCAGCACCCAAACCGGCUCAGCUCUUUCCAGGACCAGGUAACGCUCCUCCAGACCCUGCAGUCCUGGUUCCAUCAGGAGAUGGAGGACACCUUUGUCAAUGGGGUGCUGGAGGCAGCCAUGGGCAUCCACUUGUGGCUGACAUUUGCUCCUGUGGCUGAUAAGACAGCUGUCUACUUCCACAUUUCCCUGGAGAUGGUCAACUGGCUCUCAAUAGUGUACCUCCUCAUCUCAAUCCCAUUCGGUCUGGUGGCAACAUGGGUUCUUGACAGCGUGGGGCUCAGAUGUGCUGUGAUCCUGAGCUCGUGGCUGAACAUGACAGGUAGCAUCGUCCGGAUGUUCAGUGUCCUGAAGUUCCUGAGCUUGGGUUCCCAGAGUUACUGGUACCUGUUUGUUGGGCAAUGCCUCUGUGCACUGGCACAGCCACUUAUCAUCUUUUCACCAACAAAACUGGCAGCUCUAUGGUUCCCAGACCACCAGAGAGCGACAGCAAAUAUGAUCGCAUCAAUGUCCAAUCCUUUGGGUAUUCUUCUAGCAAAUGUGCUGUCACCUGCACUAGUUCCUGAAGGAAAGCACAUCCCAUUGAUGCUGGGUGUUUAUGCUGUCCCAGCAGUAACAGCCUGUGCUCUAGCAACUGUGGGGAUUCAUGAGAAGGUUCCUCCAACGCCUCCUUCGGCCAGUGCCACUAACUCCACCUCCCAGCCAUUCCUCAUGGGGCUCAAAAUGCUCCUGAGAAACAAGCCGUACAUCAUCCUGGCAGUGUGCUUUGGAGGAGGAAUUGGGAUGUUCACCUGCUUUUCAGCUCUGCUAGAACAGAUCCUCUGUGAAAAGGGAUAUUCAAAUGAAUUCGCUGGCCUGAAUGGUGCACUUUUCACAGUGUGUGGUUUGUUGGGUGCUUUCCUGCUGGGCCUGUAUGUCGACCGGACAAGGAAUUUUAUAGAGUCCACCAAGAUUUGUUUCUGUCUGAGCGCACUUGCCAGCAUCGUGUUCGCAGUGGCUUCUCGGUUCAGACAUCUGGCUGUCACACUGGCUGUCACCAGCUCACUCUUUGGUUUCUUCGGCUUUGCCAUCUACCCCAUUGCCAUGGAGCUGGCUGUGGAGUGCUCCUACCCCGUGGGAGAGGGCACGUCUACAGGCCUGAUUUUUGUUGUAAGCCAGAUUGAAGGUGUGGUUUUAAUGAUUCUGCUACAAGCCCUCACCAUGCGUGUUUCUGAGGAUCCAUCCUACACCUGCGCCCUUGACCAGGAUGGAGCCCUGGACUGGACAACUCCAGUACUGGUGCUGGCUGGCCUAUGCACUACUAUGGCUUGUUUCUAUGUCAUCUUCUUCAACACUGACUACAAGCGGCUCCAUGCUGAGACAAACAGCGGUGCUUUGGUCAAGACAGAAGAUACAGCAACAGCAUAUGUUCCUGAAGCCUAA